AUGUCGGGUGGUGAGGGUGGUAAGAAGAAGCCUCUGCAACAGCCCAAGAAGCAAAUCAAGGAAAUGGAUGAGGAAGAUAUAGCUUUCAAACAAAACCAAAAAGAACAGAAAAAAAAACUGGAAGAGUUAAAAGGAAAAGCUGCUGGGAAGGGAACACUUGCCAGUGGUGGAAUUAAGAAAUCUGGGCAAAAACAGACAUUCCUGUGUAGAUAA